AUGGGGGUCCCGGGCUCCUCACGCCCUCCUGGAUCACGGGGUCCCUGUAACCCGGGUGCGCGGGCUGGGGGUCCCCGCUGCCCCCGGGCCGUGGUGCUGAGGCCGCGCGCAGUGCCCGUGUCGGCGGCUGCGGCCGCGGCGCCUGCCGAGGGGGCCAUGUCCAACGGGGUCUACGUGCCCCCGAGCGCCGCCAACGGGGAUGUGAAGCCUGUGGUGUCCACAACGCCGCUCGUGGACUUCCUCAUGCAGCUGGAGGACUACACGCCCACGAUCCCAGAUGCCGUCACAGGCUAUUACCUGAACAGGGCAGGGUUUGAAGCCUCUGAUCCUCGCAUCAUUCGUUUGAUCUCGCUGGCUGCUCAGAAGUUUAUUUCUGACAUUGCCAAUGACGCGCUGCAGCACUGCAAGAUGAAGGGAACAGCCUCUGGCAGCUCCCGUAACAAGAGCAAGGAUAAGAAGUACACGCUGACUAUGGAGGAUCUGACGCCGGCACUUGCAGAAUAUGGCAUCAAUGUCAAAAAGCCACAUUACUUCACAUAAAGACUGAGGAUGUGAGACUGAGCUCUUUUGUAGAGCUGUUUC